GACCCAAACGGGCAGGUGUUUAAACACCAUCCGCCGUCCCUCUGCACGUGUCUGGUCUUUUUUAUGAUUCUCAGCAUGUUUAUCACUUGCUCUUUCGUGCAAACAUAUCAUAGUGGUGGGCUGCUUCUGUACAAACAGACACGCCCACAGCUGUCGUCACGGUUCGCGCUGAGGAACCUAUUCUUUGGUUCUUGCUGCGAACGAACUUUCUUGGUAUCGGAACCUACUUUUGUUGGUGGAAACACGGCGAACGGUUCAAAACUAGGUUCGCAAACCAGAGCGGUGCCGGGUCCACGUCGGUGAAAAGCGCUAGAAGUCCCUCCCGCUCAGUUCAGAGUAAGUAUUCUCUGAGUGCUGCUCUCUCUCAGUCUAGAAGUGCAGGAAAAUGGCAGAAGCCAGUAUUUCAGUAGAUCACGAUCAGUUCAACUGUCCAGUCUGUCUGGAUCUGCUGAAGGAUCCAGUAACUGUUCCCUGUGGACACAGUUUCUGUAUGGUGUGUAUUAAUGGCUGCUGGGAUAAGGAGGAUCGGUGGGGGAUCUACAGCUGCCCCCAGUGCAGAGAGACCUUCACUCCAAGGCCUGUUCUACGCAAAAACAACAUGCUGGCUGAAGUGGUGGAGAAACUGAAGAAGAACACAGAACUCCAAGCUGCUUCUCCUGCUCCCCGUUACGCUGGAGCUCACUAUGAAGUUCCUGCUUGGAAGAAGCACAAUCUGGUUAAAGCGUCCACCCAGCUCCAAGAGAAGAUCUGCUCUCAGCAUGACAGACUGAUCGAGAUCUACUGUCGUACUGAUCAGAGAUCUAUCUGUUAUUUAUGUACAAUGGAGGAACAUAAAGACCAUGAUACAGUUUCAGCUACAACAGAAAGAACUGAGAAACAGAAUCAGCUGAAAGAGAUGCAGGAGAAACUCCAGCAGAGAAUCCAGGAGAAUCAGAAGAAUCUACAGGAGCUGGAACAGACUGUAAACACUCUUAAGGUCUCUGCACAAGCAGCAGUGGAGGACAGUGAGAGGAUCUUUACUGAGCUGAUCCGCUCCAUUGAGAAAAAGCGCUCUGAGGUAACAGAGCUGAUCAGAGAUCAGGAGAAGGCUGAACUGAGUGGAGCUGAAGAACUCCUGGAGAAACUGCAGCAGGAGAUGGCUGAUCUGAAGAGGAGACACACUGAGCUGGAGCAGCUUUCACACACAGAGGAUCACAUCCAUUUCCUCCAGAGUUUCCAGUCUCUCUGUGUCUCUUCUGGAUCUGAUGACUCUCCCAGCAUCACUGUCCAUCAACAUCCCUCAUUUGACGGAGUGAGGAAAUCUCUCUCUGAGCUGAAAGAGCGACUAGAGGAAUUCUGCAGAGAGGAAUUCAGGAAAAUUCAUUUACAGGCUGAAGCAUUUCAGAUUUUACCCUCACAACCAAAAACCAGAGAAGAUUUUCUGCAGUAUUUUGUUCAGCUGACUCUGGAUCCAAACACGGCAUACAAUUCUCUCAUUUUGUCUGAGGACAACAGAGUGGUGAAAUAUACGGGAACAGUACAGCCAUACUCUGAUCAUCCAGAGAGAUUUACUAACUCUUUUCAGGUGUUGUGUAAGGAGAGUCUGUGUGGACGCUGUUACUGGGAGAUUGAGUGGAACAGAAGGUGGUUUGGGGGGUUUAGUGUAUCAGUUUCAUAUAAAGAAAUUAGCAGGAAAGGACGGGGUAAAGAUUGUUCGUUUGGACGCAACAGUCAGUCCUGGAGUCUACACUGUUCCCCCUCUCUUUGUUUUAACCACAACAACAAAGAGACCUAUCUCUUAUCUCCACCAUCCUCCAGAAUAGGAGUGUAUGUGGAUCACAGUGCAGGAACUCUGUCCUUCUACAACGUCUCUGAUACAAUGACCCUCCUACACACACUCCACACCACAUUCACUCAGCCCCUCUAUGCUGGAUUCUGGGUUUUUAGAGGAACUGUGAGGUUAUGUGAUAAAAACUGAUGUGUGUGUUAAAUAUUGUAGAUGAUAAAAUAAUCUCCUAUAUUUCUGUUUUAUUAAUGAACUGAGAUAUAAAUAUAAAUCAUAUAUCUUUCAGCUCAUCAGAUGAAGAUGAUUCUUCUCCACAGAGCUGAAAUCACUUUCUCUCAGUCUCUCUGCUGGUUGAGUGUUUAAACAGAUGCAGAUAAAGAGCUGAAAGUGUUGUCAGUAACACAGCUGAUGGAAAAUGAAGCAUUAGAUUAGGAUGUGAAUGAGUUCUUUCACAGCAGUGCUUCAGAUAGUUUUUACUUCUGAAUGAGUGUUUACUAAAGCAGCUUCUAGAUGUGAACUGGGAAUAAAUAGGAAAUAAAUCCACUAAGAAUAAUAUUUUAUAUUUUUAUAUCUGUGCUGGUAUUUAAUAAGAUCAGCACUAAGUUUAUUAAUCCUGGGUGUGUUUUCUGUUUCUGCUACUGAUGGAUUAAAUUCAGAUCAGUGUCGUGUCUAGUCUCUGGAUAUGGAGUUGUAUUCUCAGGUCUUUGUUCAUUAGAGUGUCGUCUGAAGAAGGAUAAAGUUGCUUUUCUUUGUGUCUCUUUAGUAAAUAAGAUAAAAUCAGGGGAGCGUUUCCUGAUAACGAUUAAUCUUGAUGGUUUACGAACAACUUUAAGAACAAUGUAAUUUAAGAACAGCAGGAUUAGAAGUGUUUCCUAAACAUCAGUAAAUCUGUGAAAAAGUUUGAAAGAGUUCUUUGUUGCCUCUGAAUCUGCACAGGAAACUGAACCUCUAAUUUGCAUACAGAUUUUUACAUCAGGUCAGUGAUUUAUUUUUAAAAACUAAUAACCAAUCAGUGAAAUGAUUUAACACUAGAAAUCUCAGAAUUCUGUAAUUACUAGGAUUACUGUCUUUAUGAGCAUUUGAAAUUUAAAAGCCUAUGUAUAAAAUAAUCUAGAAAAAUGCAUUUUUAUUUUAAUAUAGAUGGCAAAAAAGGUCAGAAAGUGUUUUUUUAUUGUUUAUUUACUGAUAAAAUGAAUCAUGCUGUGCUAGUUUAAUAACAAAUAUGUGGAUAUGUUUUGUUUUUCUAUAAAAUCAAAUAAAGACAAUAUCUUGCAAAUAUAAAGAACAAUAUUAUUGAAAAAGUGUGUUUUCACUACAAAGUAUAAGCUAAUUUACAUAAAUUAAAAACAGCAAUCUAUUAUUCAGCAGGUUAUCAUGAAAAAGUAAUAAUGUUUCUAAUUAUUUUGUUUGUUUUGUGAUCUUCAUGCACUCUGACAUACAGCUAGACUACUUUUGUAUUAUUGAACUAACAAUAAAUUAGAGUAAUUAUACAAUUAUAAUCUAAUAAACACAUUAUUUUAUCUAUAA